AAGACAGCUUUAGAUCUCUAUAAAUUUCUAGGGUUUUUUUCCCCCCCUUUCCGCGUGGUGCGCAAUCGCCCCCUUCCCGUUUCACCCUUUACACUCCUGGAAACUGCCACGGUAGGGAGAAAAUAUUCUAAGAGCUUUUCGAGCAAAUAAUUUGACCCUCGGCAGCUGCCGUAGCUGCAACUGCCAGCCGACUCAGAAAAGAUCAUCGAGCUUUUCUAAAUACAGAAGCCGUUCUCUGCACUGGCUUCCGGUUCCUGCUACAGAAGCGGGUGGAAACCUUUUGCGAAAACAACGUGGAUGGAGAGUGUCCGGAAAAGAUCGCCUUCUUCUGCUUGGAAUGCAACGACGGGCAUCCGCGCCGUUCAGACUCCUUUAUGGUCCCUUUUCUUUACCUCGGGUGGUAAGAGAGGUGCCCGGAAACGUAUUUGUGGUUACGGGAGGUCACGGAACGGCCGGAAGCUGCGGUUGUUGCGCCUCGGAGGGGCGGAGCUUCAAUGGCGUGUCAAAGGGAAGAUGGAGGCUGGUGGAGGAGCUGGCUACAGCAGAGCCUUCAAACGGUCAGGGACAAGUCUACGGAGGCCUUGGAGUUCAUGAAACGUGAUCUAACAGAAUUCACCCAGGUGGUCCAACAUGAUACAGCUUGCACCAUCGCUGCUACUGCCAGUGUGGUCAAAGAAAAGUUGGCUACUGAAAGCUCUUCAGGGGCAACGGAAAAAGUGAGAAAAGGACUCUCCAACUUUUUGGGUGUUAUUUCAGACACAUUUGCACCCUCCCCAGAUAAGACCAUUGACUGUGAUGUCAUAACCCUGAUGGCAACUCCAUCUGGGACCACAGAGUUGUACGACAGUGCCAAGGCUCGGCUCUAUAGCCUUCAGUCUGACCCCGCCACUUACUGCAACGAACCUGAUGGACCACCUGAGCUAUUUGAAGCCUGGCUUUUGCACUUCAGCUUGGAGGAGAAGAAAGGAGAGAUAUCCGAGUUGCUGGGAAACAGCCCAUCCAUCCGUUCCCUCUACUCCAAAAUGGUGCCUGUAGCUGUCUCCCACUCGGAAUUCUGGCAGCGGUACUUCUAUAAAGUGCAUCAGUUGGAGCAGGAGGAGCUUCGGAGGGAGGCUCUGAAGCAGCGGGCCGACCAAAGUGUUCACUCAGAAGACCCAGGAUGGGAGGAGGAAGAGGAAGAGGAAUUCCUUGGAUCCUUUUCCUCCUCCUCACAAGCUGUAAUCCAGGCAGAGUCUUCCCAGCCUGCACUGCCGGCUUCCCCCGUCUUGGCAGCAGAAGCCAUUCCGACCCUGGAGGCCUCGGUGGAGAUGUGGGCCACGCUGAGCGCCACCCCAGCAGAGGCGACCCCCUCAGAAAGCAGCGAGAGCGUCUCCCUGGUGACUCAGAUCACAAACCCCUUACAGACUGGAGCCUCCCUUGCAGGAGCUGGGGACGAUUCCCCGAAGCUGCAGGAAGCUGGCAGAGACGAACAGGGAAGCUCCUUGGCUAAAGCAGGGAAGCCUGCACAGCCUUCUCCACCUCCCCAGGAGGCCAAGGCCUCUUCAGAGCAGCCCAAGGAGCGUGCAGAGAGCAGGUCAGGCAACAGGACAGAGACUCUGCGAGAGGACGCACCUCUGGACUUGCGACUCUUCGAGCUCAAUUCGGACAGUGGGAAGUCCACGCCGUCCAAUAACGGCAAGAAAGGCUCGAGCACAGAUAUAAGCGAGGACUGGGAAAAGGACUUUGACCUGGACAUGACAGAAGAAGAGGUUCAGCUGGCCCUUGCCAAAGUAGACAUCUCUGCGGCAGAGAUGGAAGACGAAGAAUGGGAGGACUGGGAAUAACAAGGGCCUUUGCUCUCCAUGGGCUCCUUGGACUCCAGCCUUGCCCCUCCCCCCCACACCCGCACCAUCCAGUGUGAAUUAAAUCACAGACCAACUGGUUC